AUGGCUUCGAUGACACAUCCUUCCCUUGAAGACACUGAUUUUUCAGAAACCAUCAAAUUCAUAAGCCAAAUUCUUAUGGAAGAAAACGUUGAUCACACGCCAUUUUAUGACUCACUAACCUUACAAAUCACAGAAAAAUCAUUCUAUGAUGCUCUCUUACACCAAAAUAAACCUCUCUCCCCUAAUCAUCACCCCUUACAUAUUCAUAAUCCUAAUGGCAGAACUAGUAGUCUCACUGAUGGACUCAUCGAUUUCGAUUCUGUUUCCCUAUUCAAGAGAGGUUUAGAAGAAGCCAACAAGUUUCUUCCUCCUCAGCCUCAACUUUCCACCGGUCUAGACUCAUCCAAUUUCAAUAUGAAUAGAGAGAAAGAGAAUCCAUUUGUGCUGAAGAGUAGAAAGAAUCACGAGCGCGAAGAAGAAGGGAGGAGAAGUAACAAGCAGUCAGCUAUUAGUGUUGUUGAUGAAGAUGAAUUAUCAGAAAUGUUCGAUAAAGUUUUGCUUAAUGUCGAACAAGAUUGCUUGCAGAAUGAGCAACCAUCUUCAUCUGAUGGAGGAAAGGUUGAUUUAAGGAGUCUUCUGCUUAUGUGUUCACAAGCUAUGUAUGGAAAUGACAAUAGAAAUGCUAAUGAAAUUCUGAAGCAGAUUAGGCAACAUUCUUCGCCCUUUGGAGAUGCAUCACAAAGGAUGGCACAUUACGUCACUAAUGGCCUUGAGGCGCGUCUUGUAGGCGAUGGAGCCGGUGCACAGACAUUCUAUUCCGCGCCGAGCACCAACCGGAUCACUGCUGCUGAGUUUUUGAAAGCAUACCAAGUUCAUUUUACUAGCCCUCCGUUCAAAAAAUUUGCUUACUUAUUUGCAAAUGAAAUGAUUAUGAAAGUUGCUGCAAAGGCGGAAACCCUUCAUAUUAUUGAUUUUGGUAUCCUUUAUGGUUUUCAAUGGCCAAUUCUUAUUAAGUUUCUAUCAAAUAGAGAAGGUGGACCUCCAAAGCUGAGGAUCACGGGGAUAGAGUUUCCCUUACCCGGCUUUCGCCCGACAGAAAGAAAUGAGGAGACUGGUCGUCGCCUUGCCAACUAUUGCAAGCGUUUCAAUGUUCCGUUUGAGUACAAUGCCAUAGCAUCACGGAACUGGGAAGCAAUUCGAGUUGAAGAUCUUAAAAUCAAAACCAACGAGGUAAUCGCAGUGAACUGUUUGACGAGGUUUAAAAAUUUACUAGAUGAGAGUAUUGAUGAGAACAGUCCUAGAAAUGCGGUUCUGAACUUGAUCAGGAAGAUAAAUCCGAGCAUUUUUACUCUGUCCAUUAUUAAUGGAUCAUAUAAUUCACCGUUCUUUGCUACACGGUUUAGGGAGGCAUUGUUUCAUUUUUCUGCUGUUUAUGAUUUGAUCGGCACUGUCGUACCAAGGGAAAACGAAUGGAGGAUGAUGAUUGAGAGAGAAAUCAUGGGUAGAGAAGUUAUGAAUGUUGUAGCAUGUGAAGGUUUAGAGAGAGUUGAGAGGCCUGAGACAUACAAACAAUGGCAAGUUAGGAUUACAAAGGCAGGUUUCAAGCAGCUUCCACUGGAUUCAGAAUUAAUGGACAAAUUUAGGACUAAGAUGAGAAAAUGGUAUCAUAAAGAUUUUGUUUUUGAUGAAGACAACAAUUGGAUGCUUCAAGGUUGGAAAGGUCGCAUUUUAUAUGCUUCAACUUGUUUGGUUCCUGCAUAA